GGUCAUUGUUGUUAAUUUAUUGUGUUAGUUCUGCCUGAUGUGAUUCCUGCCUUGUGAGUGUUCCUGACGUUUGGUGCUCCUUUUAUUGUACCUGGUUCCAGUUCCCUGGCAUUUUUACACUGCUCAGUAAACCAAUCCCUUACAAGUGGAGGGGACAGCUGCCGUUCCACAGAUAGAGGCAGAGAAAGAGAGGGAGCUCCGUCAAACCAUCAGUGUGAGGCAGUGUGGAAGAGAUGAUUGAGACAAGUUGAGAAGGGUUACAAAUGAGUGGACAGACCUAGCCGACAGGACUACCACAUUUUGAAAGAAUCUUUGACAGGCCUUUUGGAGUACCAUUUCCAAUUCAAAGUAAACUUGGUGCAAAUACUCUUGGAGCCGCAAUGGCAGACAGCAGCAGUCCCCCAUUGACAUCCUACAUCAUGGAUGAGGAAACUCUGAAGAGAAAACAGAAGGAGAAGCUAAAGAAGCUGAUGGCUACAGGAGGCAACCCGAGACCUGCGCGCUCUCUCCUCUUCUUGACACUGAGGAAUCCCUUCCGCAAGGCAUGCAUCAGUAUUGUGGAGUGGAAACCUUUUGAAAUCAUAAUCCUACUGGCCAUCUUUGCCAACUGUGUGGCCCUGGCUGUCUACUUGCCCAUGCCUGAGGAAGACAGCAACAACACCAACAGCAACUUGGAAAGCCUGGAGUACAUCUUCCUCAUCAUCUUCUCUAUAGAGUGUUUUCUGAAGAUUGUUGCCUAUGGAUUUCUUUUCCAUGCAGAUGCAUACUUAAGAAACUGCUGGAACAUUUUGGACUUUGUUUGUGUAUCUGUUGGCCUGUUCACUGUGGCUGUAGAUGCCAUAAACCACAUCAGUGGAGUGGAGGCUCCAGUAGGAGAAAAAGGUGGUGGCUUUGACAUGAAAGCCCUGCGGGCAUUCAGAGUCCUCCGACCACUCAGACUGGUCUCUGGGGUCCCCAGCCUGCAAGUGGUGAUGAACUCCAUCCUGAAGUCCAUGCUGCCUCUUUUUCACAUCACCCUUCUGGUCCUUUUCAUGGUCACCAUUUACUCCAUUAUGGGAUUGGAGCUCUUCAAGUGCAAAAUGCACAAGACCUGCUACUACACAGGCACAAACAUUAUUGCUACAGUGGAGAAUGAGAAGCCGGCUCCAUGUGCCCAGGCAGGGAAUGGUCGUCGUUGUACCAUCAAUGGCACAGAAUGUCGAGUUGGCUGGCCAGGUCCAAACCAUGGAAUCACCCACUUUGACAACCUGGGCUUUUCCAUGCUGACUGUCUACCAGUGUAUCACCACACAAGGGUGGACCGAUGUCCUCUACUGGGUUAAUGAUGCUAUAGGAAUGGAAUGGCCAUGGAUCUAUUUCACCACACUCAUCCUUGUUGGCUCCUUCUUCGUGCUCAACCUGGUUCUGGGCGUGCUCAGUGGUGAGUUCACAAAAGAGCGAGAGAAGGCCAAGUCCCGUGGAGAGUUUCAGAAGCUGAGGGAAACCCAACAGCUGGAUGAGGAUCUCAAGGGCUAUAUGGAGUGGAUCACUCAGGCUGAGGUUAUGGACAAUGACCAGGAAGGGCAAGGCCUGCUCACCACGGAAAAUGGAGGAUCAGAGACCGGAAGUGUCAGCAAAAUGGACACAAUGCAGCUGAUCAUCUAUUACUAUAAGUUGGCUCGUAAGUGGAAUCGCUGGUUACGCCGUAAAUGCAGAGUAUAUGUGAAGUCCAGACUGUUCUACUGGUGGGUGAUCAUGCUCGUCUUCUUCAAUACACUGGCCAUUGCAACGGAACACCACAAGCAGUCUCAGAGACUGACAAACUGGCAAGACAAUGCCAAUAAGCUACUGCUGUCUAUGUUUGCCCUUGAGAUGUUCAUGAAGAUGUAUGCUCUAGGCUUGCCCUCUUACUUCAUGUCUCUCUUCAAUCGCUUUGACUGCUUUGUGGUGUCCACUGGCAUUACGGAGCUCAUCCUUGUCCACAUGGGUGUCAUGUCAGUUAUGGGCAUCUCUGUGCUGCGCUGCAUACGGCUGCUUCGCCUGCUCAAAGUCACCAGAUACUGGACAUCUCUCAGUAAUCUGGUGGCUUCCCUCUUAAACUCGGUCCGUUCCAUUGCCUGCUUGCUGCUGCUCCUCUUCCUUUUCAUUGUCAUCUUCUCCCUGCUGGGUAUGCAGGUGUUUGGAGGGAAGUUCAACUUUCCCAACCAACCCAAACCCCGCAGCACCUUUGAUAGCUUCCCUCAGGCCCUCAUCACAGUGUUCCAGAUCCUGACAGGUGAGGACUGGAAUGCAGUCAUGUACGAUGGCAUCAUGGCUCAUGGAGGACCCAGCAUGCCUGGUAUACUAGUCAGCAUCUACUUCAUCAUCCUCUUUGUCUGUGGAAAUUUCAUCCUUCUAAAUGUCUUCCUGGCCAUUGCUGUUGAUAAUUUGGCAGAAGCUGAGUCUCUGACUUUGGCACAGAAAGAGAAAGCAGAGGAGAUAAAACGCAAGAAAGCACUCAGGGCCAACAUGCCUGACAAGGCGUCAGAGGAGAAAGCAAAUCUGGCAAAGAAGUUGGCUGAGCAAAGGGCCAAGGGUGUAGAGGGCAUCCCUACUACUGCCAAGCUCAAAAUCGACGAGUUUGAGUCUAAUGUCAAUGAGAUCAAAGACCCUUUCCCUCCAGCAGACUUUCCUGGUGAUGAUGAGGAGGAGGACCCUGAGAUCCCAGAAAGCCCCAGACCUCGUCCAAUGGCAGAUCUGCAGUUGAAGGAGGAAGCGGUGCCGAUGCCAGAAGCCAGCUCAUUUUUUAUCUUUGGACCUCAGAACAAAUUCCGGAAACUCUGCCAUCGUAUUAUCAAUGCAACUACUUUCACCAACAUCAUCCUCCUCUUCAUCCUACUGUCAUCUGUGUCUUUGGCUGCUGAGGAUCCCAUCGACCCCAUGUCCUUCAGGAACCAGGUGUUGGCCUAUGCUGAUAUAGUCUUCACUUCAGUGUUCACAGCAGAAAUUGUGCUCAAGAUGACAACAUAUGGUGCCAUUCUUCACAAAGGGUCUUUCUGCCGGAACUCUUUCAACAUCUUGGAUCUUCUGGUGGUCAGUGUAUCUCUCCUCUCAAUGGGCAUGGAAUCCAGUGCCAUCUCAGUGGUGAAGAUUCUCAGGGUGUUAAGGGUACUUCGGCCCCUGAGGGCCAUCAACAGAGCCAAGGGACUCAAGCAUGUGGUCCAGUGUGUAUUUGUUGCUGUCAAGACCAUUGGAAAUAUUGUACUGGUCACCAUGCUACUGGACUUCAUGUUUGCCUGCAUUGGAGUCCAACUUUUCAAAGGCAAGUUCUAUGCCUGCACAGAUCCUGACAAAAUGACUGAGGACACCUGCAAAGGCUGGUAUAUAAAGUACCAGGAAGGAGCACUUCAUGAAGUGGAGGUCCGUAAGAGGGAAUGGACCAACUCAGAACUAAACUUUGACAACAUCCUCAAUGGCAUGCUGGCUCUCUUCACCAUUUCUACCUUUGAAGGAUGGCCAAAGAUACUAUAUAAAGCCAUUGAUUCAAACUUAGAGGAUAAAGGUCCAGUGUACAACAACCGAGUGGCCAUCUCAAUCUUCUUUAUCAUCUACCUCAUCCUUAUUGCCUUCUUCAUGAUGAACAUAUUUGUGGGCUUCGUCAUCGUCACCUUCCAGGAACAAGGAGAGCAGGAAUAUAAGAACUGUGAGCUGGACAAAAACCAGCGCCAGUGUGUGCAGUAUGCUCUUAAGGCCCGACCACUGCGAUGUUAUAUUCCUAAGAACCCCUACCAGUAUCAGGUGUGGUACAUCGUCACCUCCUGCUAUUUUGAGUACCUUAUGUUCCUCCUUAUUAUGCUCAACACCAUGUGUCUGGGAAUGCAGCACUGUAACCAGUCAGACCACGUUACUCACCUGUCUGACAUGCUGAAUGUGAUUUUCACUGUGCUCUUCACUGUGGAGAUGAUCCUUAAACUCAUGGCCUUCAAAGCCAAGGGUUAUUUUGGAGACCCCUGGAACGUCUUUGACUUUGUCAUCGUCAUUGGAAGUGUUGUGGACGUGAUGCUUAGCGAAAUUGAUGCAGCACUGGCCUCCUCCGGAGGACUUUACUGUCUCCAUGGCUGCGCUGCAGUGGAUCCCAUGCAAGCAAUUGCGUCUUCUGAGAACAUGAGUGUAUCAGUCACAUUCUUCAGACUGUUUCGUGUCAUGCGUCUGGUGAAACUUCUGAAUCGCUCUGAGGGGAUACGGAAUCUUCUUUGGACCUUCAUCAAAUCCCUUCAGGCUCUUCCCUAUGUGGCCCUGCUUAUUCUCAUGCUGUUCUUUAUAUACGCUGUGGUUGGAAUGCAGAUAUUUGGUAAAAUUGCAUUGGUUGACGGCACAUACAUCAACAGGAACAACAACUUCCAGACAUUUCCGCAGGCUGUGCUGCUGUUAUUCAGAUGUGCUACAGGGGAAGCAUGGCAUGAAGUGAUGUUAGCGUGUAUGUACGGGAAGAAGUGUGACCCCAAGUCUGACUACCUGCCUGGGGAAGAGUACACCUGUGGAUCCAACUUUGCCAUCAUCUACUUCAUGAGCUUCUACAUGCUCUGUGCCUUUCUGAUCAUCAACCUAUUUGUGGCUGUCAUCAUGGAUAACUUUGACUACUUGACACGUGAUUGGUCAAUCCUUGGCCCCCAGCAUUUGGAUGAGUUCAAGAAAAUCUGGGCAGAAUAUGACCCUGAGGCCACGGGGCGUAUUAAGCACCUUGAUGUGGUGACACUCCUACGGAGAAUACCUCCUCCUCUGGGUUUCGGCAAGUUUUGUCCUCACCGUAUUGCCUGCAAGAGGUUGGUCUCCAUGAACAUGCCUCUUAACAGUGAUGGGACAGUUACCUUCAACGCCACACUAUUUGCCCUGGUUAGAACUGCACUGAAAAUAAAGACAGAAGGUAAUUUUGAACAAGCCAACGAGGAGCUGAGGGGAAUUAUCAAGAAGAUCUGGAAGCGCACCAGUAUGAAACUACUGGAUCAAGUCAUCCCACCUAUAGGAGACGAUGAGGUGACAGUGGGAAAGUUCUAUGCCACCUUCUUAAUCCAGGAUUAUUUCAGGAAAUUGAAGAAGAGGCAGGAAGAGUACUAUGGCUUCCGGCCCACCAAGAAAAGUGCUACCCAUGAGAUACAGGCAGGGUUGAGGAACAUCGAGGAGGAGGCAGCGCCAGAGCUCCAUAGGGCCAUCUCUGGAGACCUCGUUACUGAAGAAGAGAUGGACCGAGCUACUGACGAAGCUGAGGGCAUCUUCAGGAGACAAGGUAGUCUUUUUGGAAACCACUCGGACCCUUUUUCUGUAGAGAGCGAGAUAGCCAGUGCCAGCCAGGCCACUAGCCAGCGGCCUCUGCAGAUGGCAGAAGGAGUCAUCAACAACAAUGUGAAUAUCACCAACAGCAACACAAGUCACAGCCUUUAUUAACAGCAGUUUGGAGGAACUGGCCUCUGACCAUUGAUGACAGGAGCUUCUCAGCAGACACAAAGAAGGACUGAUGAAAGGGGCUGCCAACCCCACGUGCACCCAGUGUAGAGCAAUAGGCUUAGGACCAGGAGGAAAGACUCUAAUGUUAACCGUUAACACUGAGCGCUAAGACAUGUAAUACCACAAAACACUGCCUGCUACACAAAGACUUUCUCCGUUCAAUUAUUAAACACUGGGCUUCUUAAUGAUUUUUUAAAAUUCGUCCUCUUUUUUUCUUAACCCCAUUUUGUCACAACUAGAAAACAGCAGGGUUAAUUAAAAAGUAUUUGUUUUACACAAAAUAUCACAAUAAAAAAAGGAUGCUAAUAUUCCUUUAGACUUUUAAGUAAAUUCUGUUAUUUGUCUGUGGUUUUUGGAUCUGUUGAUAUAGUUAAAGCUGCAUUAAUCGAUUUUUUUUUUUUUACGCCAGUUUUGAGGAUCUAAUUUGACGGCGGUUCAGUACUGUGACAUGAUCAGCAUGAUCAGGAAAGAUGUUUGUGAUGACUGGGGUCACAGAUGAUACUGCAACUUGGAAUUGGUUCUCAGUUAAGUCAAAAAAGUCCUUGUAGUCCUGCACAUCUUUGAAUCUUAAUUCAAGACUCCUCCCUCAGCUCCUCAAAAGCAGUUUGGUUGAGACGUUGCUGAAGUUCUGGAUCUUCACUGCUCCCAAAAGGAAAGUGAACAGGAAUAGUGAUUUUGUUGUGACCACACGAGGCAUCAUUCUUAGAUUUCUACUGCUGUUUAAUCUUGUAUAUAUAUAUAUAUAUGACACUAAAAAUUUUACAAAAAUAAUAGUAAAAGUAAAAGACUUUCCGAUUGAAUAUAAGUAGUUAUCCGUCUUUCUUUGUCAGGCCACUUUAUUGUUUUAUCACAUUAAGAUCCAUAAUUCAACACGGCCUUUUCAUCAGAUGGCUGUUUAACCUGCUGACCUCUUGUCACAACUGAAGCAUAUAACAACAAAAUACUGCCCCCCAUGUGUUUUUUGUUGAUCAAGUUAAUUGUGUUACAUAGGCCUACAUGUAAAACUGAAAAUCCCGGCCUCUGUGGGCCACAUGCCUAGAUGCUCCACUGUGUUCACCAGCUAGAUGCUAACUUGCGAUGGGCGAUGACACUGAAGCAAAGCAGUUGUGGCCCGUAAAACCGAAACAAUGAGCUGGAAGACGCUAAAAUGUUCAGUAGAGCUGAGGGAAACAGCAGAGUUGGUGAUAAUUCUCUGUGGGUUCGUACAAGUCUUGCAUAAAAUUACACAUUACGCAGUAGUCAUUUGAUCACUUGUUAAUCUAAAAAUAUUGAUAAAUGCAGAUUUAAUUAUAUAAGGAUCACUGCAUGCUUUAAAAGGAAAGAGCAAUCCACUAACUCGGUUUAGAAAUGAAGCUUGUUUGCCUAGACAAUACAGUCGUUGACCUCACAUUGUGUGGUGUUUCGGUUUGUUUGAUUAAAGUGUGAUUAAAGUCUAAAUGCAACAGCA